UGGCGAAAGUGCGGCUGCGGACAGGCUGCCAGGCGGCGGCGGCGGCGGCUGAGGAAGCUGAGGAAGCUGAGCAGGGCGGCUAGCGGGGCCGGGCUAGCGGGGCCGGGCUGGCGGGGCCUGGCGGGCAGCAUGGGCCGCCUGCACUGCACACAGGACCCCGUGCCGGAGGCCGUGGGCGGCGACAUGCAGCAGCUGAACCAGCUGGGCGCGCAGCAGUUCUCAGCCCUGACAGAAGUGCUUUUCCACUUCCUAACUGAGCCAAAAGAGGUAGAAAGGUUUCUGGCUCAGCUGUCUGAAUUUGCCACCACCAAUCAGAUCAGUCUUGGCCCCCUCAGAAGCAUUGUGAAAAGCCUCCUCCUGGUUCCAAAUGGUGCACUGAAGAAGGGUCUUACAGCUGAGCAGGUCCAGGCUGAUUUUAUAACUCUGGGUCUUAGUGAGGAAAAAGCCACUUACUUUUCUGAAAAGUGGAAGCAGAAUGCCCCUACCCUUGCCCGCUGGGCCAUAGGUCAGACUCUGAUGAUUAACCAGCUCAUAGAUAUGGAGUGGAAAUUUGGAGUGACAUCUGGGAGCAGCGAGUUGGAGAAAGUGGGAAAUAUAUUUUUACAAUUAAAGUUGGUGGUAAAGAAAGGAAAUCAAACUGAAAAUUUAUAUAUAGAAUUAACCUUGCCUCAGUUCUACAGCUUCCUGCACGAGAUGGAGCGAGUCAGAACCAGCAUGGAGUGUUUCAGCUGAUUUCUGUCCCCUGCAUCUCCCCCAGACCCUCUUCCCUACCCUCCUCCUUUCCCUGGAUGACUGCUCUGAGAGGCACCUCACUCCGGUCUCUAGAGCCCAGGUACAAAGGGUUUCUGAAAAACAAUAAGAUUAAAUAUUUAAAGGGCCCUACACAAUUACCCUAUAAACUCUUUAUUAAGUCAACCACUGCCACCUACCUGUCUUCUAGCACUUGUUUUAGAUAUUCUAACAGGCUACUGCAUCCCAGAUUUAAGGAGAAAAUAAGUUGUCACCUCCCCAUCAAAGUUCUGGAGUAAACAAAUGGUGCCAUGGCUCAAGAUAACCUGCUGAUCACCCUCCUCCCUAAAAUGCAAGAGCUUGUUUAUGGCUGAGGAAGAGGCGGUUGUAUGAAUGACAAGGAUUCCCACACUGGCUAGAUUUGUGCCUAUGGUGCACUGCCAAUCAGUUUGUCAUGAGGCACUUGUGUGGAAAUACAUGGUUGGUUUUCUCUGAAAAGAACUGAGGCCAAACUCUGUCCCCACUUCGGGUUUUGCCCUGAUGUGUUGUGAUGAGGCGGGCCUUUUGAGGCGGUUGUAGUUUGUUUGGGUUUAAGCUGACCAGCUCUGUUGGUUAGAUGAUGAAUAAAGAAGAUUCUGAAGAAAAGGUCUGAAUCCAGUUGUCUUUCUGGAUUAAAGAGUCACGUGCAUUGCAGAGAGCUAGGCAAUUAUCUUCAAAAAUUGUCUUCCUGGUUUUGGUGAAGGCCCUGGGUCUCCAGUGUUGUUAGCUGUGGUCCAAAGUUAGAAUUUGUAAGAGCAGUUCAGGGGAAACUCAGGUUAAAAGCAUCAGGAAAAAGCAUCACAAAUGAAUACUUUGUGUUCAGAUGGCUUUAGCCCCCAGCUCAACAUGUGGCUUUUCCUCCUCCUCCUCUCUCUCCCCUCCUCUUCAGAAGUUUUAUAAAGUUGUUUUUUUGUUUUUAUUUUUUUAAUUUUUUAAAGACUAGUCAAGUGCAGUAUAAAGUUUUGAAUAGCUAAUAACAUGCCCAGGAUUCGAAAGAUACAGUGGAAAGUAAUUGCCCUCCCCGCUCCUAUCUCCCAGUUACCUAGUUCUCUCCAGAGGCAGCUGUGUUAUGUUAUUAGUUUAUUCUGUGUUCUGGAGAUAUUUCCUGCAUUUGCAAAUAUAUACAUGCAUAUAGUUUGAUUGUUCUUCAAAUGGUAGCAUACUGUGCACACCAUCCCGUACCUUGUUUCUUCCCACUUAACUAACACAGAAAUCCUUCCACAUCAGAACACAGAGAGCUGCCUCAUUCUUGGUAACAAAUGAACUGCAUUUCUUCAGAUGGAUGAUUUCUUCAACUGAUGGAGUUUAAGUUACUGCCAUUCUUUUUCUCCGAUAAAGGCUGCUACAACUGAA